GAAUCCAGAGUUUUGGAGAGCUGUACUUGGCUUACAUCAUCUUUAUCAUCAUCAGUAUUACACUAGAGAGAGACAAGUCAAAGCAAUUAUAAUUCAUUCUCAUUUCAAGAAGGAAACGUAUGAAAAUGAUAUUGCAUUAUUCAAAUUACAAAAACCUAUCACAUUUAAUGAUUAUAUCCAACCUAUCUGCUUACUUCCAAGUCCUCUUUUUCUAGGUAAUGAUACUCUAUGUUAUAUAACAGGAUGGGGAAGUGCACAUGAGAAAGGUGGGAAAAAAAAAAUAUUACAAGAAGCACAGGUUGAUAUUAUUCCACAAAAUAUCUGUAACAGAUAUGAUUGGUAUGGUGGAGUUGUAACAACGAAUAUGUUUUGUGCUGGCUCUGAAAGUGGAGCUGUGGAUAGCUGUCAGGGCGACAGUGGCGGACCAUUGAUGUGUUAUAUCCGAGAUGUCACACAAUAUUAUCUGGUAGGAAUAACCAGCUUUGGCCGUGGUUGUGGCCGACCACAAAAUCCUGGGAUCUAUGUACGUCUAGUUAAUUACAGUAAUUGGUUGAAAAGUCUUUUACAAAGCAGAACUACUACUAUGAACAUUCAUAAUGUUUUAAUAUUGUUGAUAAUAAGGUGGAUAACAUUCCAUAUUUCUCUAUGA